AUGGCCGAUCAGGCCAAGAAUGCAGCCGCUGGCGCGCAAGAUAAAGCGCAGGAUGCUACAAAGGGCACGCCAGUCUCAGGGGCUCAAGAGAAGGUCAAGACUGCCACAGACUCGGCUCUAGGGACGGUUCAGAAUGUGGGCAGCAAGGUGGCAACCAAGGGGCAGUCCAUCCUCGAUUCGAUAUUUCCUCCUGAGAAGCGGGCGGCGUUUCUCGCGAAGCUGCAGUCUUUCAUGCUCGCGAACCCCAAGCUAUCCGCAUUCCUGGGCAUGAACAUCGCCCUCACCGGCAUACCUCUGGGUCUCUUCAUUCUCUUCAGCAUUGUCGUCUUCAUCACGGCGCUAGUCAUAGCACUGGUCGUCGCUCUGCUGGCUGCCGUCAUAUUCACCCUCUUCUGCGUCGGCACCGCAUUGGUGAUUGUCUUCCCAGCAGUCCUGUUCACGACAGGUGCGGCGUGCUUCUUGUUCCUCUGGGGUUUGGGAGGGUAUUACAUCCUCAAAUGGGCCAACGGAGCAGAAAGCAAAGAAGGCUCUCAACAACCAGCAGAAGGCUCUUCUAUCGGCGACUCACUCAAUCGCCUCACAGGAGGCAGGCUCGACGGCUUCAUGGAAGGUGCUCGAGCGCAGAAUGCCAAGAAAGACAUUUCCGGAUAUUCAGACCGCUUCACGAAGCCACAAGAACAGCCUGAAGGACAGGAGACGGGGACGACUCAGAAUGGCGCGCCGGAUUCUAAGAAACAAGUGGGUGACAACACCGAGCAACCCACCGACGCCAGCUCUGGCACCUCUAAACCGGCGGCUGACUCGAGCAACGCAGUGAAAUCCGCGACAAGCACCAUAGGCGCGGCCAGCGGCUGA